AUGGAUAAGGCUUCUGUUAACAAAGAUAUUGAAGAAAAGGACAAAGGAAACAAGAUUGAGGUCUUAGACGAUACACAUCCUGACUUCAUUAGUGCAGAUUCAGAAUUGACGCAAGAUUUGCCUGAUGACAUAGAGGUUAUCGAUUUGGUCCACCUAAAAAUCAAGUCGUUAGAAGAUUUGAACCUUUACAGGUUCAAAAAUUUGAGACAAUUAUGUCUCAGACAGAACCUGAUCGAAAGCAUAAGCGAAGUGGAAGUUUUGCCCCAUGACAAGAUUGUUGACCUUGAUUUUUACGAUAACAAAAUUAAACAUAUUUCUUCUAAUGUUAACAAGCUCACCAAAUUAACGUCUUUAGACUUGUCUUUUAACAAGAUCAAGCAUAUCAAAAAUCUAGAAAGUUUGACAGAGCUGGAAAAUUUAUACUUUGUGCAGAACAGCAUUUCCAAAAUUGAAAAUCUCUCCACUUUGAAAUCGCUGAAAAAUUUAGAACUAGGUGGUAAUAAAAUUCACUCCAUUGAACCCAACUCUUUCGAAGGUUUGUCAAACCUAGAAGAGAUUUGGUUAGGUAAAAAUUCCAUACCAAGACUUAUCAACCUACAUCCUUUAAAAAAUUUGAAGAUCUUAUCCAUCCAGUCUAAUAAAUUGAAGAAAAUCGAGAAUCUAGAAGAGUUGACCAAUCUGGAAGAGCUAUAUCUGUCGCACAACUUCAUUGCCAAGAUCGAAGGUUUAGAGAAAAAUCUAAAGCUAACUACUUUGGACAUCACAUCGAACCGACUUACUUCGCUAGAGAACUUGAACCAUUUGCCCAAUCUAACCGACAUAUGGGCUUCGUUCAACAAGAUAGAUCAGUCAUUUGAGAGCUUGGGUAAAAACCUGUCCAACCUAUCACGCUUGGAGACUAUUUAUCUGGAAGGAAACCCUAUUGAAUUGGAAAACAAGACUUCGUAUAGAAGAAAAUUGACCAUGAAUUUGCCCCCAUCCCUACAGAAGAUUGACGCGACAUACAUUAAAGGCUGA